AUGAGGGUGGCAUCAAGAUUGUCCGAGAGAUCCUCAGAAUGUCCUCACAUCUAGCGACUUAAAGCUAGCACUGCUCUGACAAAUGCCUUCCAUUGCAGAUCACUGUCUUUGAAGCCACUCUCAAAGUGAACAAGCGCAACAUUGUUGAGUACCUGUCAACGCUCAACAUUGCAGAGAUGAAGCGGCAUUUUGCUUGCCUGUCUCUGGAGAUGAUGGUGAGCAAGCAAGCAAGCAGGUGACGGCGGUGUUGUACCAAACGCUGACACGUCAGAAACAGUCCUUGAAUGCCCACGUUGCAGCAAUUGGCAUUGCCUAG